CCUUAAACCCCACGCAUGGAGGACGCCGCUUCAACAUCGCCCCAACAAGACGCCAGCUGAAUUGAAUGUGACAGAAUCCUGAGGAUUUGGACUUCAAUACUGCUUCCCAGAAGAGUCCAUAACAAUGCCGGUGGUCAAAGUGGAGAAAGACGUCCCGGCGGACGCAUCCUCGGAGGCGGCAGACCGCCCACUGCCAACAGAUGAGCAGCCCAGAGGUCGAAGGAGGAAAAGACCCCUCCAGCGGGGCAAGCCCCCUUACAGUUACAUCGCCCUCAUCUCCAUGGCCAUCGCCAGCUCCCCGGACCGCAAGCUCACGUUAGGGGGAAUCUACAAAUUCAUCACAGAGCGCUUCCCCUUCUACAGAGACAAUUCCAAAAAAUGGCAGAACUCCAUCCGCCAUAAUUUGACUCUCAAUGAUUGUUUCAUUAAGAUCCCUCGGGAGCCGGGGCGCCCAGGGAAGGGCAACUACUGGGCCUUGGACCCCAACGCCGAGGACAUGUUUGAGAGUGGAAGUUUCCUGAGGCGCAGGAAGAGGUUCAAGCGAUGUGACCUGAGCACCUAUGCCUCGUACGUGCACGAGAGUCCGGUUUUCACGCCGGUCCAGAUUGCUAGAUCAGCACCAUAUGCUAAUUCAGUCUACCCCAACAUGACAGUGAGUCCAUCCUACGGGCAGCAGCUCCCCUCCACUUACUACCCCGCAUCAUCUCCACCUGGCUUUGGACCCAGUCAGACUCGCAUGUUCAGCAUCAAUAACCUAAUCGGACCUCCAGCCAGCGUGGUGGGCGCACAAGGCCCAGAGUUGAUGCAACCCAGCCGGAGCUUCACCCCGGAGGGGCUGCCAAGCGGAACCAGCCCCUGCAGUCUGGGACCUCCGGGUUUCCAAAGUCAACCUUGUGGAGGCGCAGCACCGCCUCGCUCCACCACGCACCCGGGGUUUGCCUACUCCGGGCACCCGAGCAGCCACCCACACCACCAUGCCCCCCAGGGACCUUAUGGACAAGCCCACAACGGCAUGUACAGCACCACAGGACGCCUGCCGUCUACAGGGCACGGGUCGGCAGAGACAGUGGACCACUACGGUAGGGUCUCACCAGUACAUCUGGGCUCUUUCUCCCAGUACAACAGCACUGGGGGUCCUAUCGCCAAUGCAGGGGGUUACUUGCGACACCCCCCCUACCCUGGAAACAUGGACAGGUUUGUGUCUGCUAUCUGACACUUGAGACACUAAUGCACAUAAUUACUGUAUGUAAUAUUUUUUUGUAUCUAUUCGUGAGGACAAAAAGAAGGCGUAUGUUUUAGAAACCAAAUCCAGAAAUGAAAAAUUUGACUUUAAAAGUCCUCUUUAAGUGUAAAUACUAUUUGAGUGUGGUUUCUUUUUAAUUGAUUUCAUGGCUUACUAUAAAUUAUUGGGCUUAAUGGUCAAAGGCUUUGCAAUAAGUGUCUUGUAGUAUGAAGAACGUCAGCUUAAGGACAUUGCAUGUGUGGUGUUUGGAAAAUAAAUAACUGUACUGUACAGCACUUUUCUUCUUUAACGGUAAAACAUCGAAACUUUAAAUUUGUGGUUUGGUUUAAUUUACAAAGCUACAUUGAAGUACAUCACAUAUUUUUUUCAACAUGUCCGAAAAGGAGUGGGAGGAAGCUGUGUUU